AUGUCUGCAGCUGCUUGGAGAGAAGCCAACAAGAAUUCACAGAGAGUCUCAUCUGGUCUCAUGGACCCAGGCUAUCACUUCCCAAAGCCAAUGCUUUUCGUCAAUGUGUCUACACCAGAGUUCCCUUCCCCUCAGAUGUGGAGGGACUUUUUGAAUACUAUCAACACUGACCCUCUCCCCUCAACACAGACUGCAUUAAGGAAGUUGGUUGUACAGGAUAUUUUGGGGGAAGGUAUCAUUAACUCAGCCCAGGGUUUGGCAGGGGCACCAGAGGAAAUUACAUGGCAAGGAAUGCAGGUUAAAAUUUUGUCUCUCUUGAAUCCCCCUCUCUGGUUCAUAUGGUCCCUUUUGUGGGAACUGUAUGAACUCAACUUCUGCUAUGAGCUUUAUGUGCUUGAUCGGGCCCCCAUCCCCAAUCUCUGGACUUCAUCAGAUGAAAUGCAGUUAACCCACCAGACUCUCCUCUAUAGCAUCUUCCCUGGAGAGUCCAGUCUCAUGAUGUGGUCAGAGUCUUUACUGCAGGACUCACACAAGUUAGGCCUGUGUGCUACUGAUGUGCUGACUGCACUACCAUACAUCAACAAGUUCUGUCACUUGUUGUCCACAUGGCCAGGAGCACCUGCCUGUUUGCAAUACCCAGUUGAGAUGAAAGAUCAGGAUGAUAAGGAGGUGUAUGCUGUUUUUUCUCUGGUGACAACCAUCCCUCCUGCACAUGUUUCAAUUUGUUUAGAAUAUAUUUCUCUGCAUGCAGUCUUGACAAUUAUGUAA